AUGUCGUUUCAUACGAAAUCAAUUGAACGUAUUCUAAGCCCUGUAGCCCAACAGGUUCUAAAAUUAAUAUUGUUGUUUGAGGAUGCAGGAUCAGGUACAGAGAUUCCUGAUCUGGAGUUCCGUGUCAAUGUUGUAAAACUUGCUGUUGAUAACCUCAUAAAGGUUGGGCAUCAAACUAUUGAGGCUAGUGAUGAUCAGUUACUUCAAAGGGAUAUGCCCCCCUCACUCAAGCGUGUUGACGAUGCAUCUUUUUAUCUUCAGGAUGCUGUUGUAUUGCUGCAGAACGAUCCAAAUUCUUCAGAAGCACGAAGAAAAUUGAUAGACGGAUCCAGAGGUAUUUUACAGGGAACAUCAUCUGUUCUUUUAACCUUUGAUAUGUCCGAAGUACGAAAAAUUAUCAGACAUUGCAGACGGGUACUCGAUGUCCUAGCUACCGCAGAACAUGCUUCGAGUCUUACCCGUUUGGCUGAUUUUGUCAAGCGACUAACUCCUUGUAUGGCUGAUAUGAUUAAAGAAGUUGACAAUCGACAAGAAGAAUUGACUAUCCAAUCUCAUUCUGCCCUUCUUCUUAGAGGUAUAGAACAAGUGAAACGUCUUACGCCUAUUUUAAUAUCUUCUUUAAAGCUCCAUGUAAAUACACAUCAGAAUCAUUUACCUGGAGUUGCUGAAAGUCAAGCAAACCGGGACUUCUUGUUGUCUGAAAUGUCCAGUGAGAUACAUGAAAUUAUACGUGGCCUGCAACUUACCGAAACAGAUUCAUCGGAACUCUUUGGUGACGAUUUGGCGGCUAUGCAUAUGAAUAAGGCAGCUUUCGAUAGUCGUUUGCAGUUUGUCAGUGACUGGAUUUCUGAUUCGAACUGUUCCGCUGCAAUGACGGCUGGUGAAAAAGCACUGAAUCAAGUUUUACAUUCAGCAAGAAAUUUAGCCAAUUUAAAUCCGACAAGUUCAAAUAGUAAAACAAUUCUACUCUUAUGCGAUGAAUUAAACGAUUAUGCACAAUCACUAAUUGACCUAAGAAAAAGUGGUCAUGGCAAUGGAUCUGAAGCAAGUCACGUUGCCAAUACACUCAGUACAAAAUUAAAUCAGUUAUCUACAUUAUGUAAAGAUUUAUCAUUACGUGACAAUGCUGGUGGAGGCGUUGGUGAUCAACACCAACACACAUGUAAUCCAUUAUUUCGUUUGGCUAGAACACUUGAAGGUAAACUAGUACAAGCUCAACGUUGGCUAGCCGAUCCACGUGGUCCAUUUCGUCAUGUUGGCUUAGAAGCAUGUCGUUCAUUAGCUCAAGGUGUAAAAAGUAUCAUACUAUCAUCUGAUAGCAGCCAUAAGAUGAAUGGUAAUAGUGGCUUGGCUGAAGAUAAGGAGAUCAAUGAUGCUUGUUUAGAAGCAUGUGAGCAUAUUGAACGAGUUUCUGAUCGACUUUUUGCAUUAUCUUCUCAACCAAUAACUGUAGAAAAUGAAAUUGGUCAACAAGAUUUAGCAAUAUCUAUUAGUCGUAGUUUAGCUUAUAUAUGGCAAAUAUUAGAGAAAUUAUUAACACAACAAAUUGCUGAAGUCUACACUGAUCUUGUUGGACCAUUACGUCAAUUAGCUGAAUCAGCAUCUCCAUCCUCUGGUAACUUACCAGAUCACAAUGAUUACAAUAUAAAAAUGAAAGAAUUCUUAACCCAAUGCAGUCAACUAGUCAAUACCGGGGAAUUAGCUGCAGCUACAAAACUAUCCGAUGUAUGGCGUUCGGAUGCAUUACGUUGUUUAACUAGUCAACUUAAUGAAUUAGGUGCACAAGUUGUUUUAGCUGGUCGUGCAGUUGUACUAUCAGCUGAUCCAAAUGUACAAUUACAACCUGGUGGCACUAGUUUAAAACAAGCUACAUCCGAUCAUUUUCUUAUGAUGCGUCAACAUUGGACUGAUACAGUUGAACGUAUGAGAGCAUUAAUUGAUGAAGCUGUGGAUGUUAAUGCAUUUAUCACUGCUCAAGAGGUUGGAAUGUUACGUGAUACAGCUAGGGCAGAAAAUAGUAUUGCUGAAAUAUCUACCACUGGAGUAGUUGAAUCGACAACACGUAUUGCAAGACGAGCAAAUCGUGUACUUCAAUUAAUUACACGUGAAGCGGAUAAUAGUGAAGAUCCAUUAUAUGUGGAUCGAAUGAAUGAUGCUGUGAAAGCUUUACGAUCAACUAUCACUCCAAUGGUGAAUGAUGCGAAAGGUUUAGUAACAAAUAUUGACAAUCCACGUAUGCAUGAACAAUGGCGUUUAUCAAAUCGUAAUUUAUUAACUGCUGUUAGUUCAGUAAAACAAAUUGUCAGUCCAUCAUUCAAUAAUCCUAUCAAUUUUUAUCAUGAACAUUAUCGUCCAUUAUCUGUACUUAAAAAUGGAAUUCACAGUACAAAUACAAGUAUUAGUAGUAAUAGUAAUAGUUGUAAUCAUAAUGCACAUACUACUCAUAAUAGUAUUUCAUCGUCUAAAUCAUCUCAAGAGACAACAACUUCCAUUCCUCUUCAUGAAAUGCGAGAAAUGUCUAUUACAGAUGUUUCUCGUGUACCACAUUCAUAUAUUGAUAAUAAUACUAAUAAUAGUAAUAAUAAUAAUAAUAUUUAUAGUUAUGAUCAUACUAAUAACAAUAAUAAUAAUAUUACAUACAUUGAUCAUUCAUCAAAUUAUCAUCAUAAACCUGUUUACGAAAUUAAAUUGUCUAGUCCUCUUCAUCAUUCACCAACAUCACCUCCACCAGUAGUAGUGGUACAUCAACAUAAACAACAUCAACAACCUUACUCAUCAUCAACAUCAUUGAAACACUCAUAUUCACAACAAGAACCAUACUGCCCUAAUUCACAACAACAUCAACAAUCCAAUCCAUGUCAUCAAACCUAUUCACCGGAUCAUUACACUAGUAAUAAUAAGAAUAAGAAUAACAAUAAUCUUCAUUCAUCACCACCUCCACCAUAUCAACAACAAAAUCAUCCUACUCAUUAUCAAACUACAAAUAUACACACUUAUUUACCAAUGAAAUCAAAUAAUGAUUAUUCUUGUACAGACAAGGAUCAACAAUUGCAAAGUGGUUCUAUUUCACUUGACAAUGUUGUUACUGGAAGUGGUGAUGCAGUUACUACUACUACUACUACAACCGGCGCUGCUGCACGAACUAGUACACCUGAUACGGAAGUUGAUGAAGAAUUCAAUUUUCCACCACCGGAAGAAAAUCAACCAAUUAUGGCUGCUGCCCAUGCACUACACCAUGAAACACGAUUAUGGUCUAGUCGUGAUAAUGAAUUGAUUGCAGCAACUAAACGUAUGGCUGCUUUAAUGGCUCAAUUAAGUCAAAUUGUUCGUGGUGAAUACGGUACAAAAAAAGAUCUGAUUAAUGUUUCAAUGGCUAUUGCUGAAGCAUCAUUGGAUGUGAAUCAAUGUGCUAAAGUAUUAGCUAAAGAAUGUACAGAUCGUCGUAUACGUUCGAAUCUAUUACAUUUAAGUGAUCGUAUUCUCACUAUUGGAAACCAGUUGAAAAUUUUAUCUACUGUUAAAGCAACUAUGCUAGGAGGAACACAAGAUGAUUCCUGGUUCGAAGCACCACUACAAUCGGAACUUGAUUGCGAAUCUACAGAAGAUCAAGAGAACACUGAAUCAUUAGUCGGGAAUGCACAGAAUUUAAUGCAAUCUGUCAUUGAAGCAUUACAUGUUGCAGAAGGUGCUAGCAUUAAAAUGCGUGUUCAUUCUGGUCAUAAAUUCAUAUGGCAUCCACGUGUAAAAUCAAACUUCAAUCAUUGUAAUAAACAAAUACGUCCAACUGUACGCUGA